AUGUAUCAUAAAGAGAAAGAAUAUCUUCAUCAAAUUGCUAAAGCUAGUGAUGCAAUUAGAAAGAAGCAUCGCAUAUUGAAAUUGGGUAAAGAAGAUGCUGAAAAUACAUUAAAUGAAACUUUCAAACCUAUAGAAGAAGAAGAUGAAGAAGAUUAUAUAAGUGCUGAUGAGAAUGAAACCAUUCCAGGAUUUGACUAUGAAAAAGUAAUUGGUAAAUAUUUGUACUUGAUAAAUCAUAACAGAAAGCAGUGUUUGGAUACAGUAUAUGGAGUACGCAAACUCAGAGAUGGAUCUUUUAUGAUUGGUGAUAAACCAAUAAGUUUUGAUAAUCACUUGGUGAAUAUUGGAGAUAAACGUUUUAAUGUUACCACUGGGUUAUUAGAACUUUUAUUUAAAAAUAAACCUGAGAAAGCAUAUAUUAGUGAAGAAGAUGAGAGAAAUUAUAAAGAAAUUCUUAUUGCUUCCAAUGCACAUAAAAAGAAAUAUAGCUCCUCUGAACCAAUUCGUACAGAUAAAAAUUUUAAAUUUAUGAAUUUUAUAUCUGGACUGUUCCCACAAAGAAGAGAACCAUAUGUCAGUGGUAGUUCACUGCCCAAAUUUAUGAUUACAAACAGAAAUUUUAAACCAGACUAUAUCUAUUGGGAUUGCCCGAAUGAAUUGGUUGACCGUCUUCGGCUUCUCAUGGCAUCUCAAUCAGCUGGUAAUCCUAGUCAUAAUAAUGAAAUAAUGUCCAUCAUUGAAGAAUUACGAGAAGCUAAAAUCAUAUAUUAA